GCUCAAUGGCUGGCGCCACGGGUGACAGAGCCCAGCGUGGCCGGGCGGCACCAUGAGGGGUGGGAGCCAGCAAGGCUGUGCCUGCCACCACUUGUUCCGUAAAGUCCUGGCCAAGUGUAGCUGCUGCCCCUCCCGGGCACGAGAUCCCUACUCUAUUGCAGGCAGUGAUGGCAGCAUCUCUGCCUCAGUGGCCUCAGUCCAGCCACAGGCAUCCAGCAGCUCGGCUCCCAGCUCCCCUGCUUCCCGACAUUCGGUCAGCACCCUCAAGAAAUGGCUGACCAACCCUGUGCGCAAGCUAAGUGCUGGUGGGCUACCUCGGGGCGAACGCCCACUCAGGAAAACAGAGGGCCGGACUCGGCGACAAGGGCGUCAGGAGGAUCGCAAGAGCAUCGACCUGGGCCUUCUGGGCCAAGCAGAAGGGCCACUUCCUGCCCCACAGGAGCCAGUUAGCACGGAAGGCAAUGCUCAUCUCCCAGACCUUUCCUUGCUCUCCAGCCUGCUAGAAGGAAAUGGCUCAGGAAAACCCACCCAGGGUCCUGACCCCUCUCUGCUCCCCAGUGAUCCCCAAAGCCCUGGCCCCCCCGUGGAACCUGUGGUGCAGCCCCCAGCCUCUGAGGAACAGGAGGAGGAGGAGAGGCGCAGUGCCUUAGAAAAGAGUAUGUUUGUGCUCAGGGAGUUGAUCGAGACUGAGAAGAAGUAUGUGGAGGACCUGGGCAAGAUUGUGGAGGGUUACAUGGCGACCAUGAAUGCCCGAGGCAUCCCCGAGAAUAUGAAGGGCAAAGACAAGAUAAUUUUUGGGAACAUCCACCAGAUCUACGACUGGCACAAAGACUAUUUGCUGAAGCAGCUGGAAAGGUGUCCCGAAGAUCCUGAACUGUUGGCGGACCUGUUCAUAAAGCACGAGCGCCGUUUGCACAUGUACGUUGUUUACUGUCAGAACAAGCCCAAAUCUGAGCAUGUUGUGUCCGAAUUUAUUGACACUUACUUUGAGGAAAUGAAGCAAGAACUGGGACAUCGCUUGCAGCUCAGUGACUUGCUCAUCAAACCUAUACAGAGGAUCAUGAAAUACCAACUGCUGCUUAAGGAUUUCCUGAAGUACUAUGGCAAAGCUGGCAACAACACAGAACAGCUCGAGAAAGCUGUGGAGGUGAUGUGUUUUGUUCCCAAGCGCUGCAAUGACAUGAUGAAUGUGGGUCGUCUUCAGGGCUUUGAGGGGAACCUAACAGCCCAGGGAAAGCUGCUGCAGCAGAACACCUUCUGGGUGACAGAGCAGGCAGGUGGGAUCCUGGUCCGUGGUCGUGAACGCCGCAUCUUUCUCUUUGAGCAGAUUGUCAUCCUAAGUGAGACUUUGGAGCGGCGACGUGGUCCAUAUGCCGCCCCAUCUUAUACCUUCAAGAGCAGCAUCAAGGUAAGCUGUUUGGGCCUGGAGCCCUGUGUGGACAACGAUCCCUGCAAAUUUGCACUGAUCUCCCGUGGCACAGAACGGGGCACCAUCCGUUAUGUACUGCAGGCUGCAACACCAGAGAUUGUCCAGGCCUGGGUGGCCGACAUCAACCUCAUCUUGGAGACACAACGUGAUUUCCUCAAUGCACUGCAAUCACCCAUAGAGUACCAGCGCCGAGAAAGCAAGACCCACAGUCUAGGGCGGACAGGAGCCCUGCAUCCCUCGCCUGCCCGACCCUGCUCCUCAGUCUCCAUGGACCAGAACAAAGGAUCUAGCCUCCAGACCCACAAUGCCUCCCUGCCCUCCCUUUACCUUCCUGGGCCAGCCCAACCUGAACAUCCACCAUCUGUAGAGCCACCUCGCAGCCAAAGCUCUCCAGGGCCUGAACCGAUUCACAUACACUCUGAGAGCUCUGAGGUCCAGCUCACAGGUGCCCUCCAGCAGGAGUCACUGCAUAUGGCCCCGCGUGACGAUGACGCCAGGCCACUGCUCCCCGAACCUGAUGUCCUGGAAAUCACCUUCCCUCAAGGCUGCGCCCAGCUCGCCAAACUCGAUGAGGAUGAACUGUGACUCUUGGACUGUGGGGCAGCCCCUGUGAAGCCCAGGAACUUAGACUGGGGAAGAUCCAAGUGGCUCUUCCCUCCUUUUCUGCACGCUCUCCUUCUGGUGGCUCAGAGAGAGAGAGAGGCUGUGGCGGCGGCGGCGGCACCAGGAUGAAAGCACGUGCUGCUGUCUGAUCCUGCUCCUGAAGGCCAGAUGUCCCCUUCCUAUAUUGGGGUUCGGGAACCCCACAUUGGGACUAGGGAAUGCUGCCGGAGGCCCUUCCCUCUCCCCCAAACCCUCGUAUAUGCAUGCUGUGGGGUUCUAGAGGGCUUCAGGUCAGGGCUGUCAGACAAGGCGGUUGGAUUGCGUGACAUGAGAAUUUUAUUUUGUUUGUUGUAAUAAUAAAGAUUUUAGUUAAAACAAA